AAGAGCGAACCACUGGGCAUCCACAGGAAGUGUGCGUAUUUCCGUGCGUCAAGUGUAGUUCAUUUCUUUAUCAACUUUGGUUCCACAAAUAAACUGGGAGUGAAAAUAUAUCCAACACGUAUUCGAAGUCCAGCGUUUAUCAGGCCAAGGCUGAAUUUAUUCGCAAUGAAGAUCGCGAGAAAAAGAAAGCGCUAUGGCCGUGGCCAGUCCAGGUGCUCUUUACAAUAAUUGCUAUGCCCCAGUUUGAAGAUGACAUCUUGAUGAAAGAAUAUUUCAAAAUGAUGACUGAUAUGAUAGUUUUGUGUAUGACCCUGGCAAUCUCUUUGUCAUUCUGGAUUAUUUCCAUGACUGCAAGUACAUACUACGGUACAUUGCAGCCUGUCUCUCCAUGGCGCUGGCUGUUUUCAAUUUUGGUCCCUUUGUGUCUUACCUCACGUGCUCUGAAAAGGAAAAGUCUUGACCAUAGUGGAGCUCUGGGAGCAAUGGUAGUUGGAUUCAUUCUUACCAUGGCCAACAUGAGCUUCUUCUCUUCUCUGUUGGCAUUUUUUGUCACUUCAUCCAGACUGACCAAGUGGAAGGGAGAAGUUAAGAAACGUAUAGAUCCAGAAUAUAAAGAAGGUGGCCAGAGGAACUGGGUGCAGGUUUUCUGCAAUGGAGGAGUGCCUACAGAGCUGGCCCUGCUGUACAUGAUUGAGACAGGCCCAGGGGAGAUUCCAGUGGACUUUGGGAAGCAGUACAGUGCAACCUGGAUGUGUUUAGCUCUCCUGGGGGCCUUGGCAUGCAGUGCUGGGGACACCUGGGCAUCUGAAGUAGGAACUGUUCUCGGCUCAAGAUCACCGAGAUUAAUCACAACGUGGAAAGAGGUCCCUGUGGGUACAAAUGGAGGAGUGUCCCCCAUGGGGCUGGUGGCCAGUUUGCUUGGAGGAAUGGUGGUGGGCCUGGCAUACUUCACCACACAGCUCCUUUUCGUGAAGGAUCUGCAUCUGGCAGCUCCGCAGUGGCCAAUUAUAGCGUACGGAGGUGCAGCUGGAUUCCUGGGGUCACUGCUGGAUUCUUACUUAGGAGCCACGAUGCAGUAUUCAGGUUAUGAUGAAAGCAUUGGAAAGGUUGUGAACUACGAAACAAAUUAUACGAAGCGGAUAAGCGGAAAGCCUAUUCUGGACAACAAUGCUGUGAACCUCUUUUCUUCUAUCAUCAUUGCCCUGAUGCUGCCUGGCAUUGCAUGGGGAUUCUGGCCAAGGCCAUAAAAUUAAAGCAGUCUCCUAAAAUCAGCUAGAAAUGAAUGGAUGUGUCUCCAGUCCUCCACUGGACAGUGUCAUGAUUGUUGCAAAGUAAUGGUGUGGCGUUAAUUUUAAGUUUUGAAACAUGAAAAAUCUAAGUCACUGCUACCAAUGUGGAAAAACUAUAAAGCACUGGAAUAUUUUACUACAGAAGGUUGUUUAGAGAGAAUUCUGUGAAAGGUUGGAUUCUGGUCUGAAAUAUCCAAGACAAAGUACUACAAUCUUCAUCUACCCUAGGUAGUCCACUUUAGGAAAGAGAAAUUGUAUUUUAUACUUUUCAGUAGACCAUUAUAAUAUAUCUGUGUAUAGCUGAAUCUCUUAAAUUGGUAAGGCCUUAAUUAUUUUAUUAUAACACUAAGAUAAAAAGUGACUAGUGCUUUUGGCUCAGGUAUUUGCAGAUCAGUCCUUCUAUAUAAAUAUAAAAGUGCAUCUCUAAACGAUUUAGUGCGAGCUACUGAACUAAUUUCUUUAAUUUACCUUUUUUGUUUUCAUUGUGUUACUGCACAAUAUGUAAUUUAAUCAUACUAGGAUUGUUAUAACUAACACUUGGAUUACAUAAAUCCAAAAAUGAUAAACUUUCCUCCCUUUAGCACUGUGUGUUUGUCAAGAUGACGUUUUCUAGGAAGAAUUAACUAACCAGUAAUAAAUAUCCAUGCAAGUUCCUGAAUCACAGCAGAAACUGCUGUUAUUACUGUGUUGCUUCUGACAGUGCUUAAUGAAGUGUUUAGUUUAGACCUUAAAGUUUAAUUUAAACAUUGUCCUGAACCUCAGUGGUAGGACAAACAAAUAAUUUCAAGGUAGCGCAGCCAUAUUCACUUAAAACUAUGGAACAGAGUGAUUUUUUUUUUUUGGAAAAAAUGACUAAACACAAACAUUGCUUGUUUUCACUGUUCUUAAAUGCUAGAGAAAAAUCUCUUGAAGUUAUUAUAUGCAGUAUAAGGACGUUCACUUGCCGAAUACUGAAGGCUAACUGAAAUGUUUACAUGUUAUGGGCACCAACCAGCUUGUUCUCCUUUUUGUGAAAUAGUUACCUUAUUAUCCAUUUAUUCUGACCGUUGUUAUAAAGCAGUUAUGCUAUAUUUCAGUUAAAUGCAUAAAAAGGCCAUUUCAGUGACAAAACAUUCUGCUGGAUUAAAUCUACUCACGACUGAUAGAGUUUUAAAAGCUUCUUUGUUGCUAACUGUGCUGUUCGUUUUCAUAUCUAAUAGUAAAAUCUGUAAAUACAGUAUGUCAUUUACCCCUGCUUUACUGUAUGUGCUAAUGUAACAUGCAUAAAGCUGAACAAAACAUUUGUGAGUAUUUUAGCUACUGUAUAAACUAUUUACAUGGUAAAAUAUCCUGAUUUGUGCAACCUUAAGUUGAAUUAGAUAAAUAUUUUGAUAUAAAGUACUUUCAGAAUACA